UGAAGUCGCGGUUGGUGGUGCGGACGCAGCGUCUCUUUUAUCGCCUCCCGACAUUAACGGACGCGGUGACAGGCUGAGGAACGGACACGGCAGCGGGCAUUUCCCGGGCAAAGGGACACGUCUCAUCGCGUGGAGGUCUGAACGUGCGUCCCCGGCAGCAGCAGCGGAGCUAGCUCCUGAGCUGAAGGGAGGAAAACAGCAGCUACAGUCAACGGCGUCUCUUUGUUUCAGUCUCAAGCAGGACAAUAACUUUCUCUCGCUUGGCUUACGGAUUUAGUCCCUGCAUAUACGUUAUUUAUAUUUAUAGAUUAAACUGACAACGAGCACAUUGUCAGGGCAGCUAAUUUGUUGGCUAACGUUAGCUUGUAGCUCAGAUUAACAACAUUUCAGAUGUUGUUUUUUUUUCUUUCCCAACCGCCUGACAUUCAAAGAUAGGAAACAUAACCGCAGGAUUGUUAAGGGAAUAACUGACAGAGUUCAUAUGUGUUCAUUUUCCACUGUGUCAUUUGUUGUUUACCGUUCUUAAACAAGUUCAACUUAUCUCUGCUCUGCAGCAAAUGUCAGGUUGUUCUUAUUGAUUUAUAGGGUUCAUAAAGUAACAAGCUGUUGGUUGACUGACAGAUCGCCUUGUGUGUUUUAGGUUUGCUGGUAGGUUGCGUCAUUUGUUUACCAGCAAGCUGUCAACCGGGGCUGGAUAUUAUAGUUUUUUUUUUUUGUUGUUGUUUUUUUUAAACUGUGUUUUGCCUUAGAUAGGAAACUUUCAAGAGCAAAAGUUUUUUCAAACCUCUUCGUUUGAGCUGAUUUAACAUCCAGGACAUAGAUGAUGAGAUAAGGAAGGACCCCUUUUGAUGCUUAUGAAUUUGGCAGCUUUGGAAAAAGAAGUUGAGAGUUAUGAUUUAAAAUAGAAAGCUGAAGCUCCUACGAGAGGUCACUGUGACCAGGGAGAGCCAGCAGAAACGGAGGCAGGGUCCCACAGUGUCUUGAGGUGAGGUGAGCUGCCCCCCACUACUUGCCAAUGCUGGAUCUGGAGGUGGUGCCUGAGAGAUCACUAGGAAAUGAGCAAUGGGAAUUCGCCUUAGGGAUGCCAUUUUCCCAGGCCAUCUCUAUCCUCCAGAAACACUGCCGUAUAAUCAAAAAUGUCCAGGUGCUAUACAGCGAACAGACACCACUCAGCCAUGACCUCAUACUGAACCUGACUCAGGAUGGCAUUAAACUGCUGUUUGAUGCCACAAAUCAGAGACUCAAGGUGAUUGAAGUGUACGACCUGAGCAAAGUCAAACUGAAGUACUGUGGAGUACAUUUCAACUCUCAGGCCAUUGCCCCCACAAUAGAGCAAAUAGACCAGUCAUUUGGAGCUACACACCCUGGAGUUUAUAAUGCUGCAGAGCAGUUGUUCCAUCUCAACUUUCGAGGACUCUCCUUCUCCUUUCAACUGGACUCGUGGAAUGAAGCUCCAAAAUAUGAGAUUCCACAUGGAGCCAUGGUCAAAAGGAUGCACAUCUACACUGGCAACAACCUACAAGAAACAAAAGCUCCUGCGAUGCCAUUGGCUUGUUUCAUGGGCAACAUCUUUGCAGAGUGCGUAGAUGUCCUGAGAGAUGGGGCAGGUCCUCUGGGGCUGAAACUCCGCCUUCUCACGGGAGGUUCUGGGCUCGGUGUGAUGGCUGAUGCUAAAGUCCGGUAUCUGGAGAGGAGCAUCUUCUUUGGAGACUCCUGUCAGGAUGUUCUUGGUGCUCUGGGCUCGCCACAUAAAGUCUUCUACAAAUCUGAGGACAAGAUGAAGAUCCACUCUCCAUCUCCUCACAAGCAGGUUCCCUCUAAAUGUAACGACUACUUCUUCAACUAUUUCACCCUGGGAGUGGACAUCUUGUUUGACUCAACAACUCACCUGGUUAAGAAGUUUGUCCUCCAUACGAACUACCCUGGGCAUUACAACUUUAAUAUAUACCAUCGAUGUGACUUUAAGAUCCCACUGGUCAUUAAAAAAGAAGGAACAGAUUCUCAGGCAGAGGAAUGCAUCUUAACAACCUACAGCAAGUGGGAUCAGAUUCAGGAACUGCUGGGUCAUCCGGUGGAAAAACCAGUGGUCCUUCACAGGUCUUCAUCGGCCAAUAACACAAACCCAUUCGGUUCCACUUUCUGCUUCGGACUUCAGAGGAUGAUUUUUGAGGUGAUGCAGAACAACCACAUAGCAUCAGUGACCCUCUAUGGAGCUCCACGGACCACCAGUCACACUCGAACCGAGUCCAGCGCUAGUUCCCACUGAACAAGUAACUAGGACCUAAUCCCUUUCUGGCCGACCCAAACAGAGUUCUUUUGCUGACUGAAUUGGAACUGAAACCAGAUUUUUACCUGAGCAGGUCUGAUAGAAUCACUGUAACCUAGCUCAGGUGCUUCAGAGUUAACAGAUAAACAGUGGAACCAGACCUGCUGUCUCCUGUUUGGUACCAAGAUUUGUUCUUCUGUUCAGGCCCAUCCCACUUAGCACAGCUGAGCUGUUCCUGCAGGGAUACGGUGCUGCUGUGGGAGCAUCAAGCAUGCUUUGAAAAGAAAGCUGUAAUAUCUGCAUCCUGAUAGAACUCAGCUGAUUGCAUCCUGUGACGUCCAGAACCGCAGAGACGGUUCUGCUGCAUCAUACCAUCGUGAGGUGACACAUUUGGAUUCAUCUGCUGCAAAUCUCAUCAAAGCUAAAACAGCUGCAGGCAAACAAAUAAAACUAAUGAAACUACAUCAGCCAACCACACUGCCAUGCUGGUCAGUCCUGCUCGUCUUACCGCUUCAAACUGGGCCCAGCCAAACCUGUCCAGUCCUGCAACAUGAGCCCAAACACACUUAAAAAUAACCGUCCAUUUCUGUCAUCAGUGAGGAGACCCAAGCAAGCCCAACCAAACCCGAUCAACACAUUGCCAGGCCAAGUGGUCCCGCAGUGAAACAUUUCUGAGAGCGUCCAAACUUGAAUCAUCAUCUCCAUCUUUGUCGUCCUUCAUUUUCCUCGUUGUGACCAGAAACGCUCAUAAAACUCUUCCUAAACUGCAACCUUGGACGUUGCUCAUCAUCAACAAUCAUCUCCAAGUGUUUGGCUGACAUUUCAACAAACUUUAAUUCCAGUAUCCAGAUUAUUUCAACCCUUUUCACUCGUGUUUCUGAUAAACGACUGGUUCAGAUGUUCUAAACAAGAUGAAAACCUGAAGGCUCAACCCAAGAACAUGCAUGACUCUGAAUGAGAAGCAACCUACGAAAAGCACAACAGGAAGUGCUCUUGCUUUGUUUGGAUGAUUACAAAUCUUCCUGCAUGUUCUGUCUGGGUGUCAGACCCAUUUUCUGCACCAUGACAACCAUUCUCAUUGUGUUAACAAUUUAUUGUGAUUUUGUUUUUUUUACAUUUGCACUAAUACACAAAUCUUACUUGACCGUGCCCCAUCCUUUGAGAUGGAAAUGUAUUGAAAGGUCGGAGGAAUGAUGUUGAGUGUGUCCAGGCUGUGCGUUCUGAAUCUGAUUGAGUUGCAUUUCAUCCAUCUGCUCUGUCUGCUGUCAUCUCUUUGUUUAGUUGCCAAAUGCUAAAGCCAAAGACCUUUUAGGACGUUUUCAUUUGAGUGCAUCUUCCUGUCUAAGAUCGCCUGCAGAGUCUCAGAUAUUACUGGUUCCAACUUUAUUUGAAGACGCUGUUGUGGUAUUGCUUCUGAAUUCAUGUGUCUGUCAGUGCUGACAGUAAUCACCUAACAUGACCAGUCAGCUUUUAGCUCAUCUGUUUUGGAUAAGACUCAUCGUAUUCAGCGUCAGCGUCGUGCUGUGGUUAACGUCCUCAGUGAACUGUGACUUAGAGAACAGCCGUUAUAUCUGUGGUUAUAAACCUAACUUUGUUUGAAAAUGGUGGGAAACAUCAGACAUUUCUUUGUCAACUCCCUCCCCAACGUGUAAAUUUACAUUGUUUUUAAUUCCAAACUAAAUAAUAAACUGUUUAUUCAUUUUAA